UGUCUGUUUGGGGCAAACUUGGCCAAGAGAGCCCCCAUAUUGAAUGUGGACUUCUUCUUUGAAAGAGUUAUGAAGCAUGAUCAACUAGCCAGGAUCCUGCUAGCGGAGAUCUCGGUCAGGUGCAUCAGUCUACAGAGCUGUCCUUUCAGUGACCCAGAAUAGAUAAUGAGACCGACGCUCACUAACCUCCCAGCCUACUGCCAUCUUCUGCAGGAAUUAACACUUGAAUUGAACAAUGACCAUGAGCUGCUGGACAACAUGCAUCUACAGCUCAUCUUAUCAUGCAUGUUAUUUCUGAAAGUCUGGGCAUUUCCAAGUGUUACCUUUAUGGAGAGGCUGCUACAAAACUGUGCAGAAAGCAAAUGCAUUUUGACUAAUAUCAAGAGCAGGAUUUACACAGCCCACCAAGACACUAGUGAAAAGGAUGGGCUGUUGGGUGAUAUUUACAGGAAGUUCAAACACCUGAUUGACUCAGAGCUUAAUUACUUUGUCAUCACAUACCCAGUAGUGUAAACAACAGAGGGAGACAAGAAUAUCCAGUGACAUCUGCAAGCAAUGAGCAGAUUCUUUGGAGGGAUUUGAGUCUUGACAGCAGGGCUUCUGAAAGGGAGUACAGCAAGAGAGAGGCAAUGGACACCUUUACACUCCAUGCAUUAAAAUGCUGGACUUGGAAGCUGGCCUCCUAUGUCUCCAGCAUCACCUAUUCUUGCCCUUGUUUUGUUUUUCCUCACCAGAGCCAAAGGAAGCAAUGAGCCUUUUUCUACCCUUACAGGCAUCUCUAGUAAAAAUAAGGCCCUCCUCUUUUUUCAGCUCUUCUCAUUGUAGUGCUUCAAACAUCUUACCAAUGAAGCCCAUCUUGUUCUUUCCAUUUUACAAAUAGUGAAACUGAGACAAAGGGUGAGGAAGUGAUUAGCCCAAAGUCAGCCUUGGCUUCAUCUUGAGUCAGGUGUGUCAGCUGCACUAUCCAGAGUAUCACCAUUCCCUACCUCCAUGUUUGAUAGAAACACCAAAAUGUGAUUUAGGAUGAGACUCCUGCUCUAGCUGCCACAGCCUCUAGACCUUUCAAUGGCAAAAGAUGUCGUUGGUUGCACAUGAGAUAAAUAAUAUGGAGGAAGG